AACGCGAUCGCGCAGGUCGCGGACGGCCUCGAGGGCGGCAUCCAGUUCGUCUACCUCGGCUCGCUCCUCGCCAUCCUGGGCUUCGCCGGGUUCAUCGUCGUGCGUCAGGUGCUCAUCCGCCGCGAGCUCGACGAGAGCGCGAAGCAGAUGGGGGAGCGCAUUCGCAGCGGCGAUGCGACCGCGGAGGAGUACUUCGAGAUGGGGAGCAUCAUGCUCCGGAAGAAGGUGUACACGCAGGCGGUGCGGAACCUCCGGCUGGCGGCGGCGCAGUGGGAGGGCGCGGAGGAGGAUCUCGCGCAGAUUCACAACGCGUUAGGGUUCGGGUAUCUCUCCACGGACAAGCUCGAGGAGGCGGUGACGGAGUUUAAGAGGGCCGUGGAGCUUCAGCCCGGGUACGUCACCGCGUGGAACAACCUCGGGGACGCGCUGGAGCAGCUGAAGGACGUGAAGGGGGCGAUGGCGGCGUACGAGGAGUCGUUGACGCUCUCCCCGGGGAACCAAGUCGCGGAGAACCGCCUGACGGAGAUCAAGCGGCGACUC